UUUGAAUUAUGAACACUUUACAAUGUUUUUGUUUGAAAGUUUGCCUCUGUAUUGUUGAAACCCCCCUGACGGCGUUGUGUUGGUGUAUUGUCUUGUAUUGCACCGUGUUGCUUUAAUAAAGUUUCCAAAAAAACAUAACGUUACCUCACCUAUAUGUCCUGAUAAUUAAUUUUUAACAUUGACUUACUUGAACAAAAUUUUUAAUACAGGUUGCAUAUCUAACAUAUAACAGGUAAAAUGAGGAUAAUAUCUAGUUCAAUAUUUUAUACUAAAUAUAUUUGACCUUAUCUCCAGUUUUACUUGGCUAAAUAUCAUUAAAAAAAAAUCUGCCAUGGAGUUUCAAGCCAGAACUUUAGAGGGAAGCUGAUGGCAAGACUCAAUGUUGCUUACUUUUUAUGUCUUCACGUCAUGAAGAAGUGAUGUGCAGGUGCUUUCAUGGACUCCUGGUGGUUAAAAAUAAAAAAAACUGAAGAGACUGAUUCAUGUGAUGUCCAGAGGUGUCAUAUAUCUGUUUCAUUGUGAGAGGCAGAGCUGUGAGCCUGCUGCAGGAUGACAGAGAGCGGGGAGUCAGAGAUGGCGUCCUCAUGCUGUUGAAUAAGCAGAAAAACAGAGCAAAGGGAGGGGAGAAUGAUGCGGGCAGCGGAAGGUGAAGUGCUGCAUCACUUAGAGCAUCGUACGGUGAAAGAUGGGUUUCUCUCGUGAUGAUGACAACGCUUUAAGGAUAUUUGUGGAUGAUUCUUUUAGAUUUCCAUUUAGGCUAUUUAUUUUUUAUAUUGGAUUUGAAGCGGCGGUGUGAUUCCUCUGAGGCGCGGCGGUGGGGGCUUGUUGUCUACCUCAGCUGUUUCUCCCUCCGUCUGCCCGUUAGACGCAGGGAGGAGAGGGCAGAGGUAGGGAGAGGGACGCGAUGGCUGCCGGGGGAGCAGGAUGCGGGGACACGGUGGAGCAGUGCCGGUCCGAAGUGGAGCGGCUGACCAGGGAGCUGGCGGAGGCCAACCGCGAGAAGAUCCGGGCGGCGGAGUGCGGGCUGGUGGUCCUGGAGGAGAACCACAGCCUGAAGCAGCAGUACGCCGACCUGGAGGCCGAGCAGGAGACGCUGAGACUGGAGCUGGAACAGCUGCAGGAGGCAUUUGGCCAUGCCUAUACCACGCAGCGCAAGGUGGCGGAAGAUGGGGAGACCAAUGAGGAGACGCUGCUGCAGGAGUCCGCCAGCAAGGAGGCCUACUACAUGGGCCGCCUCCUGGAGCUACAGUCGGCACUGAAGCACAGCCGAUCCACCGCCUCCAAUGCUCAGGCUGACAACGAACAUCUGAGCACGCUGCUGCAGGAGCUGAGGGAGCAGAGUAAUGAGAUGUUGGAACUGCAGCGCAGCCGGAUGCGAGAGGAGAUCAGGGAGUACAAGUUCCGAGAGGCGCGGCUACUACAAGACUACACCGAGCUGGAGGAGGAGAACAUCUCUUUGCAGAAACUGGUGUCAACACUCAAACAGAAUCAGGUGGAGUAUGAAGGCCUGAAGCAUGAAAACAAAGUCCUGGAGGAGGAGACUGAGCUCAUCAACAGCCAGUUACAGGAUGCACUGCGUUUGAAGGACAUCUCAGACGGCCAGCUGGAGGAGGCACUGGAGUCUUUGAAGAGCGAGCGUGAGCAGAAGAACCAUCUGCGCAGGGAGCUGGUCCACCACCUCAGCAUGUGUGAUGUGGCCUACACUGGCAGUGCCCACCUGAUAUUCACUUCUGCCCCGCCCAGUGGCACUGCCACCCCGACAACUCUGCUCUCCCCAAGCGCAGAAGAGCCAUCGAGGUGUAAUGGCCACCUCCAGGGGGGGACUGGAGCAGGAGCAGCUACAGGGUCAGUGCCCAGAGCUAAUGGAGAGUGCAGAGGCCCGGGUCGGAAAGCUGAGGGGACAGUGACUUCUGACCUUUUCAAUGAGAUGAACCUUACAGAGAUCCAGAAGCUCAAGCAGCAGCUACUGACGGUUGAACGUGAGAAAGUUUCACUGAUGACCAGUCUACAGGAGUCCCAGACCCAGCUCCAGCACACUCAGGGGGCCUUGAACGAGCAGCAUGAGAAGGCCCUCCACCUUAGCCAGAGAGUCACUGCCCUCCGUCGCCUGCAUCGAAGGGUCCACCUUAACCAGGAAGCUCACGUCAGUGCCACCUAUCAGCUCACCUCUGAGGCCCUGAUGGAGCUGGACGGAGAUGAGGAGCAGGCUGAAGAAGAAGGAGGAACUGAGGAGGAUAGGAGUGAAACACUGAACAAAAGUCAUGUAUUUUCAUACCAGACGCCUGGUCUGGAGAUCCUGCAAUGCAAGUACCGCGUGGCUGUGACAGAGGUGGUAGAGCUCAAGGCGGAGUUAAAGGCCCUCCGUGACAGACUGACACAUUGUCUCGAGGGAGCAGCGGAGGAGAAGCCAAGGCACAGUAGUCAGCUCCAGAAGUUGGAGAGACAAGUUGCUUUAUUGGAAAAGAGCUACCGAGAGGAACGGGAGAAGAUUUCUAGCUUGGAGUUGCAGCUGCAGGAAGCUCAGUCGGCAGCCAAUGAGAGACAGGGUGCAUUGAACGCAGCUCAGGAUGAGUUGGUGAUCCUGAGUGAGGAGCUCGCCCAGCUCUACCACCACGUCUGUUUGUGCAACAAUGAGACACCCAACCGCGUCAUGCUGGACUACUACAGACAAGGCAGAGGGCUCCGGGGCCUCAGCGCUAGUCUUAAAGCCAUGUCUUCGGACAACAGCAAAGUCCUUCUCACACCACGCCUUGCCAGGCGGCUGGCUGCUGUCUCUACAACAACCUUAACUCCUGGAGAGUCACGGAGCCCCUCGCAAUCUCCAUCCAAGGAGCCCUUAUCUGGGGAGGGGGGGAAAGAGGAGAGGGAGGGGGGCAAGGAGGGCCUCCAAGUGCCAUCCCAGCAGAGCCUGCCGCCUUGCACACCUCCGACCCGUUCACCCAGCAUCAGUGCCUCUUCAUCGUCAUCGUCGUCAUCAUCAUCACCUGCCAUGGAACCGGCUGGUGAAAUACGCAGGGAGCCCAUGAAUAUAUACAACCUCAAUGCCAUCAUCAGAGACCAGGUGAAGCACCUCCAGCGGGCAGUAGACAGGUCUCUGCUGCUGUCCAGACAGAGAGCUGCAGCCAGGGAAUUGGCCCCUCUGCUUGACAAGAACAAAGAGAGCUGCUUGGAGGAGAUCCUGAAGCUCAAGUCUCUGCUCAGCACUAAGAGAGAGCAGAUAGCCACCCUCCGACUGGUACUCAGGGCUAACAAACAGACGGCAGAGGGGGCUCUGGAAAACUUGAAGAGUAAGUAUGGAGCGGAGAAGUCCAUGGUGACUGACACCAUGAUGAAGCUGAGGAAUGAGCUGAAGGCCCUGAAGGAGGAUGCCGCCACCUUCUCCUCUCUGCGAGCCUUGUUUGCAACCAGGUGUGAUGAGUAUGUAACCCAGCUGGAUGAGAUGCAGAGGCAGCUGGCUGCAGCCGAAGAUGAAAAGAAGACUCUGAACUCCCUCCUGCGGAUGGCCAUCCAGCAGAAACUGGCUCUCACGCAGCGCUUGGAGGAUUUGGCUUUUGAUCAAGAGCAGACCCACCGAACCCGCGGGGGCAGGCUGAACCGCGUCAAGACCAGCACCCCCAAAGUAAGUCCCCCAACCUCGGCUGCGGCCUCCAACCUAGCCCAAGGUUCCUCUCCAGCUUCGACCCCUGUCAGCCUUCCCCUUUCUGGCCUUCCUAGUGCUACGUUAAUUCUUCCUGAUGAUCCCACUGUGCCCCUGAGCCCAUCUGUGUUCAGUGCACCUCUGGCCACCGAUCCAUCCUCCCCCUUGUUACACAAACCCUCUCGCAGUCCAUCAUCACCAGCGGUUGCCUCAUUGGCUGGCCCUUCGGUGUCAGAGAGCCCCCCAUGUCUGGAGGCCCCUUCCUCUCCCUCAGCACGGACCCCGCCCUCAACCCCUCUGAAGCUGGCUCACUCUCAGUGGACUCUGGGGGUGCGGACGUUUAUGGUUGACUCCCACAGUUUCAGUGUCAACCUCUCCCCCGCUCUGCCCCGUAGCUCGGGCGUCUCAAGGCAGUACACCCCGGACUCUCAAACCUCACCCCCAUCCACCACCACCACCACCACCACCACCAUUAGGCCAACCCAACCAGGAUCUGCCCCUUCCUCUCCCUACCGGUCCCCAGCUCUGGGGCUCAGGCACUCCACAUGGAGCCCCUCACCCCGAACUCGGCCCUUGUCUAGCCUGACACGCUCUUCUGUCCUCCACACUCCUUCCUCCCCCUCCCCUUACUCCUCCUCCUACAGCUAUUCCUCUACCUACCACAGCUCCUCCCCUGCUUUUAGCCCCUCGAGUUCCUACCUCACCUCUGGCACCUCCACCGCCUACAGCCACUCCUCCAACUACACCCCCCUCUACCCUAGAUACUAUAGUUCUUACCGGCCCCGGCACUGACCCCUUACUAUAAAUCCCUUACUAUAAGUCCUUUGAAAGCUUUUACACCAGGCUCCUUAUUGACAUUAAAAACUGCAAUUCCCAUCAUCCUCUUUUUGUCACCUGAGAGAGUGGGGGCUCACAGAGAGGAGGACAGAGUGGUUUCCUGUUUCCCAGUUCCUGUCUUCCUGUGCCUAAACUUUGGCCUAUGGGUUCUGAAUGUUCGGUGACUUUGCUCAGGGAUUUGACAUAAGGAGCACAAGCGGCCUCACCUUCCUUCUAUUCUGAGACUGCUGAUUGGUCCACAGGAGGACAUUAAAGGAGACUUUUUAGCGAGAGUUUUUAGCAUUUAGGUUCUUCAGGUUGAGACCACACAUGCAUGAAAUGAUUAAAACAGAGAGACAUUCAGACAUUGACUAGACAUUUGGCAGACACUUUCACAGGUUCAAAUGAGGGCCAUGACACAUUAAAUACCGUACCGUAUAUUCAAUAUAAUAUCCACUCUAGUGAGUAUGUAUACACAAACACUUUAAACCACAUGUCUUUCAGUGCAAGCAUUCUACCUGGAUGUAGAAGGGUUCAGUAUGAUUCAAACAAAUUUGGCUGCAAGUGUUGUCUAAACAUGUCUGAAGGCAAAAGUGUUUAUACUAGUUUCAGUUGGCCACACUCAAAGGUUUGUUGGGACACAAUGAUACAUCCCCAAAGCGAUUUGGUAUUGCACUUAGUGGUAGUAGUAGCUGUAUGAAGGAUAUAAAAGAGUGCCUGCAAUUUUUUACGCCUAUGCACACCUGCCCCAUUGCUGCCAAAAAUUCAGCAUGCUUGUUGACUUGUUUUUGAAAGUUAGGAAAAUUGUCGAAGAUGCAGCUCCCUGAAUUCAAUGUUGGAUUUUGAGGUGAGGGUGCUGGAGAGUCUCUUGGGCUGUCCAACAAUAACUUUGUUUGAGACAUACUGACUCCUUAUGUGUAUGCUUUAAACUCACCCUAUAAUCUCUUUCACACACACAAACUUGUAUGAUAAGACAGUUGUUGACAAGGAGUUAUGGACUAGUCUUUGGUAUGCACAGUAUAUUUUCUGUCAUGGUGGGUAUUUAUUUCCAGGAAGAAUCUAUUAGUGCACCUCAAUGUUUAUUCUUCUUUUCUUGCCCAGGGCUUUUGCUUUCAUCAGCUCAACCUUCAGCCAUUGUGGCCAUUUCUAGCACCACCUAGUGGUUUGCUCUUAUGUAGCCAUGUACACAGCUAUGCAUGAUCCCAUUUGAAUACUCUUAUAAUGAAGACUUCCCCUUCCUUCCAUAUGAAAAAUGGAUCCGACAGAGGUAUAGGCUGUAUUAAGGCCCAUGCCAGGGAGGAAUGUAUGAGAAAGAGGAGUAGGAGAGCACUCAAUCAUGGCAUAUGGCCAGUACAAGGAAGUAAUAUGACUUGGAGUUAGCUCUGGGAUGUGUCUUAAUAGUCUUAUGUUUACUACAGUAACUACUGUCUGACAAUUAAGUGGAAAUCCUCAACAAACAAAAUUGCCCCAACAUAUCACCCAUUAGUUAUAACUUUCCUUUCCUUUAUCCCCAUGAGAUACAUUGGUCUGGAAAAAUGAACUUUUGGGGGCUAUGAUAACAGUAAUUUCUAAUUUUCCUCUUUUUGGUCUUGUUCAAACAUAUCCAGGUUGCUAACAAAUCCAAUUUAUGCGGAACAUAAGAUCUGAACCUUUUUGCAAAUUUGGUAUUUCUUAUUCUUUGCUAUUUUUUUUUACCCCCAAACCCUACUGCCGUUUCUUAUUGUUACUUUUAGCUUAUUAAUGAUGAUCACUAGAGAGGGACAUUUAUAGUUUUGGGCAGGUAAAAUAAGUUUAAAUAUACUGUGUACGUUAUAUUUCAAAACACUUUGUAACCAUAUUAUGAAAUGCAGGACUUGACUCAACAAACGUGAUACAACAGAGUACUACCACAUGACCGCAUGACUUAAUAUCUUUAUAUCACAGAUUGACAUGAAGAGGAAGUGAUUGAAGACUAUUCUGACCAUCAUGGCUGACUUCAGAGUUAUGUUGGUAAACCCACAAUGUAGCACCCUCUUGUGCCUCUGAGGCCAUCUGCAGAGGUUAAUCCCAUGACACAGAAUGAAUGUAUUCAAUUUAUGUUAAAUUCAUAGCACUGCACCAGACUCAGGGAACGUAACACACCUCAUUUAACCUGUAAUGAGUCAAAAAGCAAACCAGAAGGACUAAAAACAGUAUGAUAUUGUUUUGGCUGAGAGAAUUGAUCUCCCAAGAGAGGGUUAGGGUUAGGUUAGGUAUGGCUUAGAAGUAGGAGUUAAUUUCCCGUCAAGUUAUUGUUUUGCAUCUUAACCAGAGUCACACAAGAAGAUUAAUAUCAAUUUUAUCUGGGUGUCCAGGACAGAAAUAGUUGCUUUGUUUAUCCUUUUAUUCCACUUUUGUAGUUGAUCUAAUCCAAGCAGUUUAACUAAUUUCAAUUCGCUAAAUUUGGAUUCAUUUUGGAUUUAUUACAUUAAUAAUGCAGGUGCAACUGCGUGUGAUUGUAUCUUUGCAGACAUUUCCCUACUUAUGACACUGUUAUUUCUGCUAAAUGAGAUACAUAGCUGUCAGAAAUUACUGAUAUCAAAAACUUUGAGAAUAAGACCUUGAAAACUGCUGUGGAUUUAUCCCAACUCUGCUGAUUUUCUGAACAACACUGAGUAUACUGCCCCACAAAGCCAAACUGCAGUAACUACAUUUUUGGUUGAAAUUGAGUUAUAACUAAAAUUGAAUUCCAUAAUGUCUGUUUUGUCAUGUGAUAAAGUUUUAGAUUUUAAUUUUACUUUAUUUCAGAGAAAUUAUAUACAAAUUGUAGUAACUACAAAAUCCAACUCAAAACCAAAGCAGACAGCAGUAAUUGCACUUAAAACAGUCUGCUUUGAAAAUGAAAAUCUGACCACAAUAAGUGGUCUGCUUUGACUGUGAUACAGUGUAGCCUUGUAUUUCUUCAUAGUGAAGAUGAGAAUAGAAAUUAUAUGUUUUUUAUAGGGAAAUUAUUAUCUAGAUAGUGAUUAAGUAAAAAAAAAAGUGAGAUAAAAUGAUAUUAAGAAUAAAAUAUAACAUUACUUUAUAAUAUUAAGUCUAAAAUACACAAAUCUUUUUAAAAAAGAGUUGUUAAAAACUUUUAAAUGCAUUUUUGACAAAAUCAAUUUGAGAAUGUUUAUUCACUGAAAACAAAAUAUAAAAGCUGAAAGAAGAGAACAACAUUGUAGUUACUGCAUUACUCUUACAACCUUUUACUCAAAAUUUCAAGGCAACAAACUUCGAUAAAAUUUUAAGUUGGACAAUUAAACUAAAUAUUUAAAGUUUUGUUUUUGGAUCUGCUCUGGAUUCAGAUUUUUGUCAACUCAACUGUAAAUUGUACUAAUUUAUAAUUUAACAUUGUAAUAACUUUUAAUCCUUACUUCUGCUAAGUUCUGCAAUUUGACGAACGCUGCUAUGAAAUGUCAGCUAAUGUUCGACCACAAUUUUGAGUUAGCAUUGAUACGCUUAUGUCUACUCUUGUAGCUGUAACAAGCAGCGCUGCUAGCAUCAGUUAGCCGCUAGCUUUCGCUAAUGACCGAAUUUCACCGCUUUCACGCAUUUGACAACAAAGAAAUAAGAGUUAGCAGAACUAUUGUCCCUUGUUGUGAACCCACACUUAAAGAUAAAAGUAACAACAACUCACAAACUUGUUUUUUGAGCAUACAACUGGCUUCCUUUGUUGUGCUAACUAACAUUAUUGUCCUAAAUGUCAGUAAUUUAUAUUUCCAAGUUUUACCAACUUAAAUCACUGUUUUAGGCCAAAAAAUACAAGUUGGCUUUUUUGCAGUGCAGCAAUGCAAAACCAGAGUGGAUUCACUACAUUUUGAGCAUAAAAAUUACAUCAUUAAUACAUGUAGAAAUAAGUGUCAUAUCACUUACCUACCUAACUACUACUAGUAACUACUACUAACCCAUUUGGCUGGCCAGUUAAGUUUUUCUCAUUUUUACCCUUAGUGUAGUUACUGCAGUUAGACUCUGUAGGGCAGUAUAGGUCUAAAACACACCUUCCAGGAGCUGUUUUAUUUAGUCAUCAUAUGUGGUUAACUAGCAAGCCAGUAAGCAAUACAUCCAAGGGUCUGUACUGGACUCCCUAUUGAUGUUGAUCUUCCCAUUUGACCUGAGUUGACAGACACCCAUCACAUUUCUUAAAAGGUAUUCUUACUUAUAUAUACUUGAAUAAUGGCGAACAUCAUUUGUGAGAUACAUAAGUUCAGCAUACAUGAUACCGUAUUCCCUGUGUGUUUAUGCCUUACAAAACUGAUUAUACAGCACCGACAGUGUAGCCGAAAAAAAUUGUGCUUGGUUUAUUUUUCAUUUCCAUGCCUGCACCACAGGCUAAAUUGCUUGUUUUGUGUGUAUUGGUUUUUGGCUUGAAUUGUUUCCAGUGGGGUUUUAUAAUGGCUCAGCAAAGUCAGAUAAUACUUUUGACUGUCACUAGAUAUGUUUUGUCAGGACGCUGGGCAAAUACUUGCCAGGUCCAAUUUUUCUGCAGUGUACACCUUCCUAUUUUUCCCUUUGUAUUAUUGUAACUUUUAAACACCAUUUUCUUCUUUAAUUUCUCGUUAUUUUGAUUUUAUCUCGUGA